UGUCAAGGCUCUAUAUGGACAAACUAAAGCAAAGAUGAGGAGACUUCAAAACCUGCUGUUCACCUUUUGCAUUGCUCUGAGGUGUGUGACCAGUGCAGUAGGGGUGAUCCAUGUAACUGGAUAUGUGGGGAGUGCGGUUAAAGUUUCCUGCUCCUAUGAUCAGGGUUACGAGUCUUAUGAGAAGUACUUGUGUAAGAAUGACUGUGGCAGCAAUGAUGAUGUUCUUAUUACAACAUCAAAUCCAGUGACAAGCAAAUACAGGAUCCAUGAUGACAAAACAGCACGAAUCUUCACAACAAGCAUCUCUGACCUUCGUUCUGUGGAUGCUGGGAAAUACUGGUGUGGAGUGACCAUAUUUGGAAUAGAUAUCUACACCGAAGUCGAGCUGAAAUUAGUCCAAGACAGCUGCUGUAACAGUGUGAAAGAAGUUGAAAGUUAUGCAGGAUAUUCAGUGUCCUUCAGUUUUUAA